GCACUGUGCAGAGACAGCAGAAUAUACUGUAAUAGUGUAUGGUGCAGAAGCAAACCGCACUACCUUGAACACACUCUUCUCACUCUCACUAUACAAAUACAAUACCCCUCUGGAUGACACGUGGCAUAUGAUCACCCUCGGUGGGUAAAAGUCCAGCAGGCCAACGCAGAGCACCCAAAAUCUCAAAAUCUCUUCCAGUCCCACCGGAGGAAUCCAAGAAUCCAAACAAUCUCUCUCUCUCUCUCUCUCUCUCUACGAUUUUAAUGGCGAGCAAUAGAGGAGACGAGAUUCUGACAUUCACAAACCCUUCUUCUUCGUUGUCCCCGAACGGGGACAGCUACCUCGUGGAACCCACCACUUCUCAGAUUGGAAGCGCCGCCGGGAGCUUCCAGAACGAGGGGUUUCUCGGCGGCGACGGCAGCGGGAGCAGCGGUGGCAGCAGCGACGCCGAAUUCGGGUUUUCGAGGCCGGAGUUCCGGCAGACUCCGCUCGCCGGGACCGUGCAGGAGUACGACCGCCACGUGUUCCUUUGCUACAAGAAUCCCCAGGUGUGGCCCGCCCGCAUCGAGGCUGCGGAGUUCGAUCGCUUGCCGAGGCUCCUCUCCGCCGCUGUCGUGGCAAGAAAGGGUGAGAUGAAGAAGCAGACCCGCUUAACAAUAUGCGAGGGACAUGAUGGAACAGAGACAUCAAAUGGGGAUGUAUUGAUAUUUCCAGACAUGAUUAGAUACAGGAGAUUGACGCAUUUUGAUGUUGACACAUUUGUUGAAGAAGUGCUUGUCAAGGAUGGUGAAUGGCUGCCUGGAACUCCUGAAACAUUAAAGGGUUCAUAUGUAUUUGUAUGUUCUCAUGGGACACGGGAUCGCCGAUGCGGAGUCUGUGGACCUUCUCUGGUUGCUAGAUUCAAAGAAGAGAUAGAGUUGCAUGGUCUUAACGGUAAAGUGUCUGUUAGUCCCUGCUCACACAUUGGGGGGCAUAAGUAUGCAGGAAAUGUGAUCAUAUUUGGAUCAAAUAGUGAUGGAGAUGUCACUGGGCACUGGUAUGGGUAUGUUACUCCAGAUGAUGUACCUAUGUUGCUUGAACAACAUAUUGGGAAAGGAGAGAUAGUAGAUGCGCUUUGGAGGGGUCAAAUGGGCUUACCUGAAGAAGAACAGAGAAAAUCCCAAGAACUAAGGCUCCAACUAAACAGUGAAACCAAUGUUGGAAAGACUGCAAGAGAGCCUAUACAAACCCAAACUAAUGAGGGAAAUACUUCUGCUUGUGGAUCUCAAUCUGAGGCUAUGGGCUGUUGCCAGGAAAAUGGAACAGCCUCUUCUUGUGAAAACCACAUGUCCAAAAGCAUGGAUAAUCCCAAAAAUACAAAUGAAAGGGAUACAAAGCCUAUGGCUGAUAAGAAAAGCAGCAGGAGGAAAAUUUCUCGGACAAAUAGUGGCAAAACUUGCACCAGAAAAGCAUGUACGACCCCAACCUGGUUUGAGAGUUGGGAGCGUGAAGAUGCAUAUGCAACCCUUGCUGUUGUUUGUGCCGCCGUUUCAGUUGCCAUUGCCUACAGCUGCUACAAGCAGUUGAGGUAAAACAAAUUUCGAACUUCAUCGUGUUAUAUAAUGGCUUUGCCUUUCUUCAUCAACAUUUAUGGGCUGUUUGUGUCAUUUUUGGUUAUGGUGCUUCCUGAACAAAAUCUUCAAAUGGAUUCAGAAGAUAACCUAUGCCCUACGCCCCAGGAUAUGAUAUGGGACACUUGAAUUAUUAUUAUUUUUUUCUUUUCAUGUUUAAUAUCUGGAAGAAGUUGUGUAUUUGUAUGCAUGUGAAUAUUGGUUUGAAAAAUCUUAAUUCAAAUGUUAAUCAUAUUUGAUUCUACAA